GGGGAGGAAGGUAGUGUAGGGAGGGAGGAGCAGGCAUGAGCAGGUUGGUGGUGGCGGCCGCGACGCUACGUAGAGCAGUGUUCCAGCCACGCUGCUUCCUCUCCCACGCCUGCCACACUCUCCAGCCCUCACACUGCACCAGCAGGAGCCUCACCUCGUGCACCUGGAGUUGUGUCCCCGCUUGUAGGAGCGAAGGGAGAACCGUGGGGGCGUGUGGGAGUGUGUUCCCGGUGGGUGGCGCCAGGUCCCUGCUGGUGAUGGCGCCCGUCCUCUCCUCCUCUGACCUGCCGGCGGCGCUCCUCGUCGACAACUAUGUCAAGGAGAACAAGGUCAUGAUCUUCAGCAAGUCCUAUUGCCCCUUCUGUCAUAAGGUGAAGGAUCUCUUUAACCAGAUAAAUGUGACUUACACAGCACUGGAGCUUGAUCAAAUAGAUAACGGUGCGGAGAUCCAAGAUGCACUAGCAGAAAAGUCUGGCCAGAGUACUGUACCCAAUGUGUUCAUUAAUGGGCAACACGUUGGAGGUGCAGACAAGACCUUCGAGGCUCAUGCAAAUGGCACAUUAUUACCUUUAAUUAAUAAAUCUGACCAUGAAUUUGAUUACGACUUGAUAGUUAUUGGUGGUGGCUCCGGUGGCUUGGCGGCUUCCAAGAGGGCGGCUGAUCUGGGUGCCAAAGUGGCAGUGUGUGACUUUGUCACUCCAACCCCAAAGGGCACAACAUGGGGCCUUGGUGGUACAUGCGUCAAUGUUGGGUGCAUCCCCAAAAAGUUAAUGCAUCAAGCAGCAAUUUUUGGACACGAUUUGCAGGAUUCUCGAGACUUCGGAUGGGACACCCCAGAGACAGUUGCUCAUGACUGGAACAAGAUGGUGGAAGGGGUUCAAAACCACAUAGGAUCUUUAAAUUGGGGCUACCGUGUAGCUCUUAGAGAUAAGAAGGUCAAUUAUCUCAAUGCUUAUGCCAAAUUCACGGACUCCCAUACCAUACAGACAGUAGACCGUCGUGGUAAAGAAAAAAUUAUCACAGCUGACAAGUUUCUACUGGCCAUGGGAGGUCGUCCACGCUAUCCCGACAUUCCUGGUGCCAGGGAGUACUGCAUCACCUCCGAUGACAUUUUCUCGCUCCCUCACCCUCCUGGCAAAACUCUGCUGGUUGGAGCAUCAUACAUUGCUCUCGAGUGUGCUGGCUUCCUGGAGGGGCUCGGCUACGACACCACAGUAAUGGUGAGGUCGAUUCUGCUGCGUGGAUUUGACCAGCAAAUGGCAGAAUAUAUAGGAGCUUACAUGUUGAAAAAUGGUGUAACAUUUAUUCGGGGUGCCGUGCCGACUAAAGUAGAACAGAUUGAGGAAGGUACACCAGGACUGCUGAAAGUGACGGCAGUGACCAAUGAAGGAGAUGAAAUAGUGGAAGAGUAUAACACAGUGGUGUUUGCUGUCGGCAGAGACCCCUGCACCUCUAAUAUUGGCUUGGAAGACAUUAAUGUUGAGCUGGCCAAGAAUGGCAAGGUGAUAGUAAAUAAUGAAGAGCAGUCGUCUGUUCCUCACAUCUAUGCUGUGGGUGACAUUAUGGAAGGAGGGCAGGAGCUGACUCCUGUGGCCAUCCAGGCUGGCAGACUUCUGGCUCAGCGCCUGUAUGGUAAUGGAAAAUUACUAACUGAUUACGUAAAUGUACCUACGACCGUGUUUACUCCACUGGAGUACGGUUGUUGUGGCCUCUCUGAAGAUGCUGCCAUUGACACCUACGGUGAGGAUGACAUUGAAGUGUACCAUUCCUACUACCAACCCUUGGAGCAUACGGUUCCUCACCGCCCAGAAAAUGACUGCUAUGCAAAACUUGUCUGUCUCAAGAGUGAAAAUGAGCGGGUUAUAGGAUUCCAUGUGCUUGGACCUAAUGCUGGCGAGAUUACACAAGGCUUCAGUCUUGCCAUCAAGCUUAAAGCCACUAAAUCGGACUUCGACAACCUAAUUGGCAUCCAUCCAACCUGUGCUGAGAUCUUCACAACAUUGAAUAUAACGAAGAGGUCGGGUAAGGACGUGAAUGCUGCGGGUUGCUGAGGUUAACUUAGCUGCUUUUUAGCUCAAACUGACCAAGGGCAGAGCACACGUUAAAGCAAGAUCUAAUAUAUUGAUCACGAUUACCUUGUAGUUAGAUCACAACUUUUGCAUUGUCCAGGGUUGAAAUGGAAACCUUAUUUAUUCAGUAAUUCCUUUUUAACAUUAUUAAUUAUAUUAAUCUCAACACUGGUUUCAUAGUGCACAACUAUUUCAUCACUGCAGACAUUUCAUGGGAUUUGUCCUACACAAGGCUGGUAUUUGUGUGGCCUUUCUGCCCUUGGUCAUUAACAUAAAAGCAGCAAGUUUCUAAUCCUCUGAGUCAAAGACUGUUGCAGAGAUUUGACACGUGGAGGUGUCGUGUAGGUAUGUCAACAUUUUGAACAUCUCGACUCUCUAACGUGUCAACUCUGCUAUGUUAUGAAGGUAGAUUUUCAAAACCCAAGUUUUGGGCGAGGUCUACUGGAAGCAUGUCUUUGGUGUGGAGGGACACUGGGUCUCGCUUCUUCCCUUAUUUGAAGGAGUUUGAUUAAAAAAUGACAGAUGUAAUCUAUAAUUCUUUCCAUUAUAUUAUGGAGUGGUACUCGUAUUUUUAUACAGCAUUGUUAAUUCCACUAAAAUGUUUAUGGGUUUGUAUUGUGAAAUUUAAUAAAAUUACACCCCAAUCUA